AUGCGCGCUUCAACACAGGCGUUCCUGACAGCUUUGGUGCUCACAUGCACAGAAGUGGCAUUGGCUCAGGAUGUUUCAGGCACCACGAAGUUUCAAUCGUCAAAUAAACGAGGUCUCGUCUAUAUCCCGUCUGACCAUCCAUCCGACGACCAGAUCUGGGUGGCAGAUAAUUCCGAUUUGACGUGGUAUUAUGACUACAAGGAUAUACCUGCCGCCGCAUACUCAAAUCGCACUCAGCAAGAGUUCGAGUUUGUGCCGAUGCUUUGGGGAUCUGCGAACAGUUCGGGAUUUGCUUCGGAGAUCAAAUCACAGAUAGCAACGGGCCGAAAUAUCACUCAUAUUUUGACAUUCAAUGAACCCGAUGGAACAUCAUCAACGGGCGGAAGCGAAAUUUCUCCCGCUGAUGCCGCCAGUAUCUGGAUAGAUGAUAUUGAGCCCCUGCGCAAUGAAAAUGUAAAAAUUGGUGCUCCAUCAGUGACCGGAAGUCAAAGCGGCCUCACCUGGUUGAGCGAAUUUUUCUCGAACUGCACCUCUUUGAAGACGAAUUGCACGGUUGACUUCAUCCCCUUGCAUUGGUACGGAAAUUUUCAAGGACUCGCAAGUUAUCUUGGACAGGUCGUUGCAACCUACCCAAACACUUCAAUUUGGAUAACAGAAUAUGCUCUUGCACAUGCUGAUCUAAAGGACACGCAAGCAUUCUUCCAAACGUCAGCUGAAUACUUUGAUCGGCUAGAUUAUGUUGAAAGAUACUCAUAUUUCGGAUCAUUCAGAUCUUCAAUUUCUAACGUGGGACCAAAUGCGACAAUGUUAACCCAGAACGGCCAGCUCACAGACAUUGGGAGUUGGUACCUAGGAGGCGCAGCAACUGGUAAUGCUCCGAAUUCUUCUUCAUCUAGCUCUAGCCCUACCAGUUCUGGUUCCACAGGUGUCGGGUAUAAAGUUGACUCGUAUCAAGCCAUGCUACAAGCGCUGGUUGUGUUUCUUGUCAUUUUAGCGUUUGUGUAA